UACUAAUAUUUUGCCUGAAAAUGAGCUUUUCAAUUCCAAAUGUGAAACCCCUUGUUCUUAUCCAACAGUUCGCCAUAACCUCACAUCUUGGAAAAUGGCCCUUUCCUUCAUUUCCACUCAGUUUUCCGCUCUUCGUGCGAGUAAUAUCUUACCCAGGGUUUUCUCAGUGAGGACGAAAUACACGGAUAAUCGCAUGCGAAAGGAUGUGAAGCGGCGACAAAUUGUGGCCCAGUACGCAGUGGACAGACUGAGAGUGAAUUCUCUGCGGAAGAACGACAUCCUGCCCAUUGAAUUGCGUGAAAUUGCGGACAAGGAGAUCAAUGCCUUUCCCGUGGACUCUUGUUUGGUGCGCGUGAAGGAGCGCUGCUGCAUAACAUCGCGUCCCAGAGGAACUGUUUAUCGAUGGCGGAUGAGUCGAAUCAUGUGGCGAUUGCAGGCGGAUUACAACAAACUCUCGGGCGUCCAGAGGGCAAUGUGGUAGUCAUUAUGGACGCAAUGAGGCACAGUUGAUCCUUUUAUGGUACAUAGAAAAUAUACACUUGAUAAUUCAA